AUGGAGAUGCUUAAUAGUGCUCCUGUGGAGCGUCUUUUCAGUCAAGCUGCCAGUGUUUCGGAUUUUCUAAAUUUGCGUCAUUUAUUAAUUAUUAUGAGUCACAGGACUCAUAAGUUUCAUAUUUCGCUUUAUGAAAAGCAUUUUCGCGAAGAGAGGAGGCUUAAUGCGAUUUCUUUUAGCCGAUGCAAUGUCCGUGGCGGUGCUAAAGACCCGUUCGAUCUCUCCUCCCGAAGCGGGCACCCCGAAGAGCUCCCUUGCUAUCAAAGCCAACAACGGGAAUCGAUGGGCGUUUACUUUCCAAUAACCCAAGGGACUAAAGCGCAAGUCAGAAGGACAAUUAUUGUCAGGAGAGCAAUGAUUGUCCGUCUGCAGAGUCUGCAGACGACAAGAAAGAUAUGGAAACGCGAUUCCACUUGCAAGGCUCAAGCCUUAUUAGAGAAAAUGUUUUUGGAGAACAAGAUUGAGCCAAGUGCCCUUCCCGCAUUUGUAUACAAGCAGUCGCCCGAGUUUCAAAAAUACUCGUUGAAUGUGUUCAGAACAGCAUUCAACGAGAUAAAAGCUAAAUCUGGCCUUGCAUUGAAGCCAUAUAGUCACAAUGCAGCUCUUUGUUUUGAUGAGGCCAGUGAUGUCAGCCCUGGAGUUUCCCUUCAUAAGCGCGUCAUACUAUUUGAGGGCAAGAUAGAAGGGAUGAACGAUUUCGACUCGCUCAUCGUGCACGGCAAUCAACCUGUGCAGAUGUCUAGACGUGAAAAACUCGUCGUCGUUGUCGCCCUCAUUGGGGGUGUGGGUGACGCCAAGUUUUCGCUGGUGGGAGAUGGCCCAGGAACUAGGACUGCAAGGAUCGAUUAUUCCUGGCCCGUUACUGCAGUCGACAUCGAAGCUAUAUUUCAACAAGAAAUUCAAAAUGGAGAAAUUCCCUCCUGUCACCCUUUGAUUGAAGCCCUUAAAAAAGAUCUAGAAAAAUCUCGUUCGAGUGUUGAGGAAAUCUCCAGAGGAAUGGAGUUAACCUUGCCCAUUUCGGUGCAAACUGUGGCUAACUCCAUAUCCAUUACGGGGAAAAGAAACAAAGACGGAACAAAGUAUCUCGUUGUCAUAUUGAUGGUAUACCAGACUGCGUAUACAAUAAAAGAAAAAGAUAAAAUCGUUAUUUUCAAAGAUAUGUGA